CGGGGCGGGGCUUGUCGCGGUGGCUUGUGGGUCCUUCCCGGGCCCUGUCGUUCUUUUGCUCCGACUCUCGCACCGGCAGGAUGGGCAAGUGCCGCGGGCUGCGUACUGCCCGGAAGCUCCGCAGUCACCGGCGGGACCAGAAGUGGCACGAUAAGCAGUACAAGAAGGCCCACCUGGGCACAGCCCUGAAAGCUAACCCUUUCGGAGGGGCCUCCCACGCCAAGGGAAUCGUGCUGGAAAAAGUGGGUGUUGAGGCCAAGCAGCCUAAUUCCGCCAUCAGGAAGUGCGUCAGGGUCCAGCUGAUCAAGAACGGGAAGAAGAUCACAGCCUUCGUCCCCAAUGAUGGUUGCUUGAACUUCAUCGAGGAAAAUGAUGAAGUUCUAGUCGCUGGAUUUGGUCGAAAAGGUCAUGCCGUUGGUGACAUUCCUGGAGUCCGCUUUAAGGUUGUUAAAGUAGCCAAUGUCUCUCUUCUGGCUCUCUACAAAGGCAAGAAGGAGAGACCAAGAUCAUAAAAUUUUGAUAAUGAGAAGACAUUAGUAAUAAAUUUUCAUAUUCCAAAAA